GUGUUCUUCAUUAAACCGUCCAAGAAUAUCCCACCGUAACUUUACGGCGAAUCUCUCGUAAGAUAGACAGUAGCGAAAGAAGUAACGUAAUCCGAUAUAUCAUUAGUAAUUCGACCUGAUGAGCCUUUCAUUCCGAAAAAUGAACGCUUGGUUAUAUCGGUGAAACAGGAAGUGUCACAGAGAUGAGAAGACACAAGUUUUCGUUUGAUCCUAAAAAUUGGAUUGUUCAGCACUUUAUCAACUUAGAAAAAAGAGAGAAUGUCACAUAAAUCACGCGUUUACUUAUAUACGUUUACGAUAUCGCCAUACCGACGUGGAGACAUGUUGCUAAUAGUUUAUAGAUCAUCUGCUUACAAGUAUUGGCAAUAUAUCUUGAAGAGAAAAAAUGACAUACCAUUACGAUAAGUUAAUGUUUGCACUUUUCAAGGCAGACAAAUAUUUUGAUGUUAUGAACAGCUUUCAAAAACUCAAGACUGAUCAGGAGCGUGUGAUAUUUACUCUUAAUAUUAUGUGGGAGAAUGGUUUGAUACCGUAUGCAAUUAAUAAAACAAAGAAUGCCAAAGAUUCUGAGAGAUUGCGGAAAGAAGGCAAUAAUAUUUAUGUCACUCGUAAUUCAAACAAUGUUUCAUGCAUUACGGCUUUGAAUUUGUAUACAAAGAGCAUAUCCAUGGCACCUUAUCCAUCCUUGGAACUUGCUCUCGCUUAUGCCAAUAGGUCUGUUGUUUUAUAUAUAUUGGGUUUAUAUUCAGAAUGCAUACAAGAUAUUGACAGAGCAUUGGCCUUAAAUUAUCCCGAUGAUCUGAAAGGGAAACUCUUCAUACGCAAAACGCAAUGUCUAAUCGCACUGGGCAAACCAACUAUGGGAGGUAUGAUUAAGAAAACAGAACAUUGGAUAAGUGAGAUGACCCUGUCUCCCAAUAAAUCAAAAAUAGAAGACAAAUUGGAUGGAUUGCGCUGGAAGAUCGAGCAGGGAAAUAUUCAAUGCAGUCCUGUGAGAUCAGAAGAAUCUGAAAUUCCACUGCCUGUUAUCAAGUCCUGUAAUAUUGAAAUUCCUUGUGCAUCAGAUGCUGUAGUCUUGAAAUAUGACAAGCAAUAUGGUAGACAUGUUGUCGCUGCUCGUAACAUUGAUGCAGGGGAAGUACUUGUCGUAGAAAAGCCUUAUUCAUUGCUGUUGACACAACAGAUGAGACUGACACACUGUUCAAAUUGCGUGAAAAUAUGUUGGGCUACUAUACCCUGCAAAAAUUGCUCUUAUACGUUGUAUUGCUCAGAACAGUGCAGGGAUAUCGAAUGGAAGAAGUAUCACGAUGUGGAAUGUGAUAUCAUUACUAUCAUGGUCCUUUGUGGCUUUCGCGAUAGUGACUUUUAUAGUUUGAGACUUGCUGUGCUCGCCGUGAAAGAGGCUGGUAAUAUAAAACAAUUGAGAACCAUGUUGAGGAAAGUUGAUGAAUCUGAUGAUCCAAGAACUAUGGGUUUCUCCUCA